AUGAAUGAGUCUGUGUGGCUCCACUUCAGAAGAGGAGUACUCUUGUUCGUUUGGAUCGUCUUCGUAGUCGGAUCAAAGUUUCGUCUGCUCAACGAACGAAUUAAAAAAUGUACGAACAGUAGUAAAGUUAGUUCUUUGAGGCGUUCUGGGAACGAGGCGUAUUUGGAAAUUGGCGAAAAUUCAAGUCAUUCACCGUUGAAUGAAAUCGCGACCAUUUCUCGACUGCAUCGAGAACUGAGAAACGCGAUUCACCUCAUCGAAGAAUACUUCGCUUCAAUAAUUUUGUUGAACUCUCUCAAGCAGCUGCUCACUGCAACCACUUGCAUUCAUAUUUUUUAUCGACAAUUGAAAAUUCGUGAGCAGUUCACGGUGGACGCUCUUGUGUACACGGUGCAUAUGUCAGCAUGGUGGAUUUAUCCGGUUACAAUGCUGUUCGUGCUUUCAAAUGUUUGUGGAUCUACAACCGAGGAGGCCAAUGCUACAGGAAACUUACUUCACGCAACCCUCGUCAAUUGCCGAAUCGAUAGUCACAAAAUUCCGGAAUUCGACAUUUUUGUUCUGGAGCUGCUCCAAAAUAGGGUCACCAUUUCUCUCUUGGGAUUUGUCGAGGCAAAUUACGUUCUAGUGUACAGUAUGAUUGUAACGUCAGCCGGUUACCUUACGAUAAUGCUACAAUUCUAUGAUUAGUCGAGGACGAUAUCGAAAAAUCGUAAGAUAAAAUGGCUUGUGAAAAACAUUCGAAAUCUUUUAAAAAUAUUUCCUGCGACAGGAAAUUUUGAAUACGAAAUACGUAACGGGCCGAAAAAACGAAAUGAGAUUUUCUUGUCUUUUUCAAUGACACUUUGAUGCUUCGUUGAUUAAGCUGUGAUACGAAAAUUUCAAUAAAACGAUUUUAUCACGAUGCUCAUUUAUAAUCAGGGAAAAGUGGCACUGAACAGCGAAUCGAUUCAAGCCAGACACGUGUGGCGGGACAUUCAUUAUGGUAAUUGAAAGAAUGCGUCAAAGUGCGUGCAUAUUCAGGUACAAACACGGUUGUGAUGCCGCGAGAGCAUGACGAAGA